UGGGUUUCGAAUCUGCACACAUCACUUCCAUUCUAUUCUCAACUAGGCUAUCAUAUAAUCCUGGCAAGCAAAUGAAUAACGAUGGCAUGAAAACCAAGAAUGUAGCAACAAAGUAAUUGUUUUUCAUGCUACUAUGUAAUACACGACGAUAAACUACUGACUUCGACAAUUAUUUCUAUAUAAGACGAGAACGGAUCAAAUCAUGACAUUUUAAAACUGCUAUCAGUUAUAACUGGAUACAAAAUGUUGCGGACAACAGUGGUAUUAUUGACGCUUGCGGCGAUUGCCUUUGCCGCACCCACCUCCGACGACAUAUAUAACAAUGUAGUCAUCGGGGACAUUGACGGAGCCGUCGCCAAGUCCAAAGAGCUCCAGAAGCAGGGCAAAGGUGACAUCAUCACUGAGGCAGUCAACAGGUUGAUCAGGGACAGCCAGCGAAACACUAUGGAAUACGCGUACCAACUCUGGAGCCUCGAGGCUAGAGAUAUCGUUAAAGAACGUUUCCCAAUCCAGUUCAGAAUGAUGUUAGGCGAGCAUUCCAUUAAACUGAUCAACAAGAGAGAUAACCUAGCAAUGAAACUGGGUGUCGCGACUGAUAAUUCUGGAGACAGGAUCGCGUACGGCGCCGCUGAUGAUAAAACAAGCGACAGAGUGGCUUGGAAGUUUGUUCCCCUUUCUGAGGACAAGAGAGUAUACUUCAAGAUCCUGAACGUGCAACGCGGCCAGUACCUGAAGCUUGGCGUUGAAACCGACAGCGACGGAGAGCACAUGGCUUAUGCAUCCAGUGGAGCCGACACCUUCAGACACCAGUGGUACCUCCAGCCCGCGAAAGCAGAUGGGAACCUUGUCUUCUUCAUCGUCAAUCGGGAGUACAACCACGCGCUGAAGUUGGGCAGGUCUGUAGACUCGAUGGGAGACCGUCAGGUGUGGGGACACAAUGGAAAUGUCAUCGGAAACCCUGAACUCUUCGGAUGGUCAGUCGUGGCUUUCUAAAAAUAUUUGUUAUGUAUAUUACUGUGAAUAAAAUGAUUUUAUUAUAAAGUG